GCGUGAGUCUUCGUCCUCGUUGUCGCCAUGCCCGCCGACAUCAGCCAGUGGUCCGGGCCGCUGAGCCUGCAGGAGGUGGAGGAGCGCCCUCAGCACGCACUGCGGGUCGCCUAUGCCGGGAUGGAGGUGGACGAGCUGGGUAAAGUGCUGACGCCCACCUAGGUUCAGAAUAGGCCCAGCAGCAUUUCGUGGGAUGGCCUUGACCCAGGGAAACUCUACACCCUGGUCCUCACCGACCCGGAUGCUCACAGCAGGAAGGACCCCAAAUUCAGGGAGUGGCACCAUUUUCUGGUGGUCAACAUGAAGGGCAAUGACAUCAGCAGCGGCAAGGUCCUCCCUGAUUACGUGGGCUCUGGGCCUCCCAGUGGCACAGGCCUCCACCGCUACGUCUGGCUGGUGUACGAACAGGACAAGCCACUGAACUGUGAUGAACCCAUCCUCAGCAACAGGUCAGGAGAUCAUCGCGGCAAGUUCAAGGUGGCGGCCUUCCGCAAGAAGUAUCACCUGGGAGCCCCGGUGGCGGGCACAUGUUACCAGGCGGAGUGGGACGACUACGUGCCCAAGCUGUAUGAGCAGCUCUCUGGGAAAUAGAGGCGCGUGGAGGCCAGCGGUCCUGGGGACCCCCACAGUAUUGUUGAGUUGUACAAAGCAUGCUGUUUCUCCUCCUUCCUUCCUACCCCCUCGCAGGGAGUCCUGAGCUGUGCUAGGAUAGAGGUGUAGGGUGACUUCCCACUGCCCAUCCUUAGGAUUCUAAUAAUCGUAUCCAGGUUUGUGUUUGCUCGAAUUUAGUCUCCAUCUAGGGGGUGUUUGGUGUUCUGAUGGAGUCCUUGUAUUGUUAAUUUAAGAUUUGCAACUCUGAAAAGUAAAGACACUCUGCCCCAUGUGAGGGUGAGGGCUAGUGUUGUCUGUACGUGGUUUGACAAGGACUUGCCCAGAACCAGGCAUGGUGGCAUCUUCUGAGAUGUGUUUUUAAAGUUCUGUCCCCAACUGGGACAACACAAGGCUUCCAUUUCAGCUGGGGCAGGCGGCUGCACAGGUGUUGGUGUCCUGUAGCUCUAAAGAACAGGGCUACUGUGCUGAGGCGAGGCCCCAGAGAGAGGGCUAAGUCUUGCUUCUCAGCAUGAGUAAAAGUUCCUGGAGUUGCUUGGUGUGUUAAUCUUGUCUGUACAUCAUCAAAUAAAAAUAAAGGCAUUGAAU